AUGUCCGGCUCUAAAGAUCACCGACCCUCGGGCAGUGGUGGUGGCAGUGGUGGCGGCAAGUCCAGCAACAAUAACAAGAGCAACAGCGUGGACGGACAGCUUUUAGAUGCGCUCAAGCACUACGAUUCCUUCUAUGAAAAGCCGCCGCCCGGACUGAUCAAGAGCGGCGACGAGGAGGAGGAACGGCCGGAGGAUGUGAUUCCGGACACGCCGGCGAACAGCGCCGCGCGGGACUUUCUCGCGAAGGCGCCCACCAAGGGCCUGUGGAUGCCGCUGGGCAAGGAGGUGAAGGUGAUGAAGUGCUGGCGCUGCAAGAACUACGGCCACCGAACCGGCGACAAGGAGUGCCCGCUCUUCCUGAGCGGCAACAAGGAGGCGGAGGAGUUUCGCCACCUGCACGAGGACCCGAUGUACAACUACGUGCGGGAAAGUGAGAUUCGUGCCAAGGCGGAGAAGGUGGAGAUGCUGAAGCGGAUGCUCGAAAGCUCCACAUCUUCAUCCUCUUCCUCUUCCUCCAGCGGCGACGAUCACAGUCGUAGAAAACGAAAAAGAAAGGAGAAAAAGGCCAAACAUAAACGGCAACACCAACACCAUCACCACCGAGACGAUCAUCACCAUCAUCAGAAAGAUCACAGACGAUCAAAAUAA